AAAUUCUUGAGUUGGUUAACCUGGUCUCGUUUAUCGUUCGUAAUCAUGUUGGUAGUCUUGAGUUUCUGGAUAUUCAAUGUUUUCGUAUUAUUUGUACCAAGUGGUACUUUAGACAAGCCGUUCUCCACUCUAUAAGUGAAUUGAGUAAUUGUUCAGAAUGAAUUGGAUGCCGUAUGCCCAAGUUUAUGAUCCACUGAAAGUAGGAAGUAUAGAUGGUACAGAUCCUGAUCCACAUGACAGAGCUAUUAUACGAGCACUGGAUUCAGAGUAUGAACCAGAUAAGAAUGUCAAAGGGAAAUCAGACCGUACAAUUUUUGUUGCCAGGCUGUACAGACAAACAAAAGAAGAUUCUGUCGUGGAAGAAUUUUCCAAGUAUGGCCCCAUUCGAAGGUUCCGUCUUAUUAGAGACAUAGUGACAGGAUCAUCUAAAGGUUAUGCUUUCAUUGAAUAUGAAAAGAAAGAAGCAGCAAAUCAAGCUUACCAUUAUGCAAACAAUUUGAUAAUUGAUGGAAGAAGAAUCUUUGUUGAUUUUGAGUGUGGAAGAAAACUGCCUGGAUGGAAACCUCGACGAUUGGGAGGCGGAUUUGGCGGUAAGAAAGAAUCGGGCCAGUUACGUUUUGGUGGAAGAGAUCGGCCUUUCAGAAAGCCUCUUCCUGUGCCUGUAAAAAGAAAUAAUAUGCAUGACCAUGAAGAGAAAGAAUUAAAUGAAGAAAGAAGAAUAAUGACUAACAGUAAGAAAAGUCUAUGAUAUGAUUUUUCUGUAAAGCAGAAAUGUGAUAUAUUAUUCAUGAUGAAGAUGAACAUUUUUGAAACUGCCUUAGACAGAGGAAAUUAAGUUGGAAAAUGCAGUUAAGGUCAUAACUGUACUGCAGUACUACAGACAUAGCUGCAGAAAUUUGCUUGCAAAUUUAUGUUUGUAAUCUUAAAAUGCAUGUAAGACAUUGACCCAAGGACUGUAUGUAUCCACAGAGGAACAUGGUCAGUCCAUUAAAGAAUAUUAGUGCUAAGAAUUCCAUAAUAAGAAUGUUGACAGAUUUGUUAAAUUGGUGAUCUUUAUUGUUUCUUGACUGUGAGGAACAUUUGAAGUCCUUCCCCUUCAGUGCCAACCUCACCUUCAUGAUGUACAACCUGCUUACAUGAGUUAUGAUGAUGUAAUUAUUACAUUUGGUUUAAAGAAAAUGUCACUACCAAAGUUUAGACCAUUUUGUGUAGUAUGUUGACAGUUAUGAAUUUUCCUUACAGACUCCACUUAGAUAUUUUGUGCUGUGUAAUAGACUUAAUUUUCACUCACUGUUGAACUUGUACAUGCACAGAAUUGUCUAAACCUGAAACUGUAAUUUCUGCUUCUGACAUAGAAGUAUCACUGCUGAGCUCGCCAACAAAAUCUCAUAGUCUCUGAGGCAUUUUCGUGUUUCAUAACCACAUAAUAACAUGAAAAUCAUAACAAUCCAUUACUUUAAAACCUGUAUCACAUUUGUGAUUACAACUACUUGCAAAAACUUGCCAAAUGAAAGUAUAACAUAUAAGAGAUGAAUAAAAACAAAGAAAUAUAGGAGUCCUCCAGAGGUAUUACCUGUCAGCAAACUAGUAUGAAGCCCAAAUUAUUGCUGGGAAUGAAAGAAAUUGGGAUAAUUCAUAGAUUCAGAAUUCUGACUGCUAUGAGCUAACUCAAUAUUAUUAUUGAGCAAAUUUGUCAACCUGAGAUAAUUCAGAAUAAUACAGUAAGUAGUUAA